AUGGCGGCGCUGAGCGGCCUGGUUUCUGCGCUGGAGUCCUAUAGAGGCCGUGACCGCUUGGAGGAAGAUGCUAUCAUCCGCUGGCUGUCUGUCGUCAGUAACCUUGCUGAUCAGCUCUAUUACCCUUGUGAGCACGUUGCCUGGGCUGCUGAUGCUAAGAUUAUUCACAUCAAUUCUACCAGGUGGUGGAUAUUAAGUACAGCCCUUUGGGGCCUUUCGCUUCUCCUAGGAAUUGGACGAUCACUGAAGAUUAUGCUGAAUCUGAGAAGGAAAUUAAGAAAUCCUGAAGGAAAAUCUAGUAAAUCUUUUAGAAGAGAAAAGAAGAUGAUUGAAACUCAGGUGAAGUCAGAAAUUUUAUCCCUUCUUAGCAAUCUGGCUGAUCUAGCCAACGCCAUCCACUGGUUACCUCCAGGAUUCCUCUGGGCAGGACAGUUUCCUCCAUGGCUGGUGGGUCUGAUGGGUACCGUGUCUUCCCUUAUUAGUGUGUACCAAGCAUCUGGGUCUCACUCUGAAAAGCCUGAUGACUCUUGACAUUGAUGGGCAGUUUGAGGAACACAUGAAUGUGACUGAAAACUCUUGAUCAAAGCAGUGGUCACUAGGAUAAAAGCUGGACUUUUGAUUGCUCAAAAUAAUUGGAGGACGGGGAAAAUUAAGAAAUAGAUCCAAAAAUUACUACUGCCAGACUGGGCAAAACAGGGGUUUGGUUUAAUUCAAAAGAAUAAGAUCAAUGGAGGUGUAUGGGCUUGAGGGGUUCUUCAAAUAGGACAAAACUGACAAGUCUUUUGGUCUUCUGUUUUGCCAAACUCCAGCAGGUCAUAGUGGAUUCAAAGGAUAGUUCUGGCAUUGCCAUCUAUGGAAAGAGCCUCACUAUUCAUAGUCUGUAGAGAGGGAAAGUUGGGAAUCUGGCUGAGCAGGCUCAGGCAUCAGCUCUCUGUCCAUCCCUUCCCUUCAAAUGACAGAACACCAGGUUUUCUGUCGGUUGAGAAUUAUGGAGUUGCUGGUAUUUGUGGGUAAUGACAAGGGCUCCUCAGCUAUCCAGGGCUUGCUUUUUGAGGGAAGGGUCCAAGUUCCAUCUUCCUCAGGUCAGCUUAAAUUGUAAACAUUAGCAAGCCCUAAUGGUGAUUCAGCUUUGAGCAUAGCUAUUCUGUAGGCUACAGACCUGUUAGGGACUAGCCAACAUUAGGAUCUGAUAGGCUUUGCCUUACCUUCUGUCUUCCUUUAAAUAAUAACAUAUUAGGAAAGGGAAUUUCUUUUCACUUGGCUGACUGAAACUCAGUUUCUUCUCGCCCUUUUGGUAGACAACAGGGAAUGUAUCUUUGGCUGAUACUUGAAAAGCUGUGAGAUAUGGCAGAAAGAACCCUGGGCUCCGGGAACCAGGAGCCUUGGGCUUGGGGCCUCAUUCCACCAUGUGGGCUUGGUCAAUUUGUGGAGCCUUUGGGUCUGUUUCCUAGCCUAUGAUAAUAUUUGCUCUACCUUCUUCUACAAAUAUAAUGAAAAUCAAAUGAAGUAUCUAAAUCACCACAAAAUUGUGAGACAUUAUUAUCCUUGGAGUCAAAAAGCAAAUGAAUUAGAUUGAAGUUUUAAAAAUAUUAUGUACUAAUGACAAACAAUUGAAAGUUUGCUCUGACAGCCAAGAAUCAUCUAAUAUGUAUCUAAUAAUAAAUGGAAAGUAGA